ACAGGUCCCUCCCUUUCUGCUCUUUCCACUUUUGACCUCCCCACACCCAACUGGCUCCCUCUCAGUUAUUGUCCGGCAACAGUGAGGCACCAGGAAUUUUCUCAGAUCCAUGAUCAAAAGGAAAUGUUGCCUGUGAGGGCACCAGCAAAAAGAACAGGAAUUAAAGCCAAAAAUGUGAAGGAAAUCUUACCCCUGAUGAUACUAAUGGUGAUUGUCUACUUGAUGCUUCUGUUCUGGGAAAACGAACUGAAUGAAGAUGAUGUGGGAUCAUCUAUAGAGUACUUGAAUGUGGACUACCCUCAGAGUGCCAUUCCUGUGAGGUACUGUAACCACAUGGUCCUGCGAAGAAUCAUCAGGGAACCUGACCACACAUGCAAAAAGGAGCAUGUCUUCAUCCACGAGAGACCUCAAAAACUCAAUAAUAUUUGCACUAUUGCUAACAAGGUGACUUGCCAAAACCACUCCACCAUUUUAUGCUACCAGAGCAAGAUAAUGUUCAAAAUGACAGUCUGUCAACUAAUUGAUGGCACCAAAUAUCCUGCCUGCAGGUACCGAAUUGCACCCCCCACAGAGGGGUUUGUUCUUGUCACUUGUGAUGAGUUGGGGCCAGUUAAUUUCCAGGGAUAUGUUAUAUAACUUGAGAUCAAUCCCUGAGUCUGCAAUCCUCCCUGGUCCUCUCUUAGCAGCUCCUGGCCAGGCUGUCCCUGAGACAGACCUGAACUGUGGAUAUAGGCAAAACCUUGAGUGAUAUAAAUAGCCAUUGGUAUUUAAUUUGUCCUUCCAAUAUUGCUGAGUUGGAAUCAUUUUAUUCUGUAUCAAUAAAAGAAAUCUUCACUGAA